GGCCUCAAGCUCGCCGCUGCCAUGAACUUCCGAUUUCCUGAGUACUCGCCCAUCCCCUUGUCGAGGCUCAUCCCAUCAGCGUCACCUGAGGCCCUUGAUCUCAUGACGCUGCUCUGCUUCAACAUGCCCCGCUUCUUUCCCCUCUCCAACUCCCCCCUCCCCAUCCCUCCCCCCCCCAUCCCCUCGCAACACCAGUACUCGCCCAUCCCCUUGUCAAAGCUCAUCCCGUCAGCGUCACCUGAGGCCCUUGACCUCAUGACGCUGCUCUGCUCCUGGGACCCCGCCAGGCGACCCACUGCCGCACAGUCGCUGCAACACCCCUUCUUCCUGGUGGGUUACAAGAGGGGGGCCUCCCGGACGACCCACUGCUGUGCACUCCCAUCCCAUUACCCCACCUCCCAUCCCAUUACCCCACCUCCCAUCCCCCCACCUCCCAUCCCCCCACCCCCAUCCUCCCACCUCCCAUCCCCCCAUCUCCCAUCCUCCCACCCCCCAUCUCUGCGCCUCCCAUCCCUGCUUCUCUCAUGUUCCUUCUGUUAUUUCUUGCCCUACCUCCUCUCCUCCCUCUCCCCCCCUUUCACAUUUCCCUCCCCCUCCCUUCAGAGCGGAAUCCAGGUCCCCCCAGUGAUGCCGUCACCCAAGCCGAACCCCACCAAUUCCAGCCGCACCCACCCCGUCACAUCGCCGCACCUCCCAUUCACCUCCUUUUCCCCACCUCCCAUCCCCACUCCUCUCAUGUCAUGCUUCUUUAAUCUUUUCUUGCCCUGCCACGCCACCUCCCCUGUCCUUCCCUCCCCCCCCUCGCUCCGCUCCCCCCACUCCCCCUCCUUCCCCUUUUCCCUCCCCCUCCCUUCAGAGCGGAAUCCAUGUCCCACCAGUGAUGCCGUCACCCAAGCCGAACCCCACCAAUUCCAGCCGCACCCACCCCGUCACGCCGCCCCACCUCCCCUCUCUCCCCCAAGCCGCCAGCACGCCGUCCCCCCAGUGAUGCCGUCACCCAAGCCGAACCCCACCAAUUCCAGCCGCACGCACCCUGUCACAUCGCCGCACCUCCCCUCCGUGCCUCAAGCCGCCAGCAAGCCGUACAGCCAUCUUGACGAGCACCUGGAUGAGUGGGAAGGGGCGCCGGGGCAGUCAGGGGGGAGCGGGGCAAUGGGGCCAGCAGGGGGGGGGAUGGGCGCAGGGGGAGGGGGAGGGGGCAGCCUGUUGGGGACGGUGGGGGAGGGGGAGGAGGGGGAGGAGGGCGGUUGGCUUCGCUGCAAAGAUAUGGCAGCCAAUUACUGGGUCGUUUUUGCUGGUGCUCAAUCAGUCAAUGUUCCUACCUACCUCAUCAUCUUCCCCUCUUCCUUGGCAGGCAUAUCGCGGCACUCAAACGCCUCUUCUUCGCGGUCCAAUGCUACAGGAGCUGCCCCCAUGGACAUGCAGAUGGACACGUCACCGCACAUGGCAGCACCUUCAUCCCGCAAAUCUGCAGCAGCACUAGCACGGGCCGGGUCAGCAGCAGCAACCAUGGCAGCAGCAGGGCCCCCCUCGCCUCACGAUCCCAGUGCAGCCUAUUCCAGAAUGGGGACCUAUCCAGCAACACACGCCCAGGAUGCAUAUGCGUAUGGCAACGGGCCGGCAGACAUGGGUCCCCCUGGAGAUUACUAUGGGGGGGGAGGCGGCCAGAUGGAUAUGAUGGGGGGAGGUGGGAUGGAUAUGAUGGGAGGAGGAGGCAUGGGGCGAGGAGGGGCUGGGGGAGGCGGCAAAGGCGAAGAUGAAGCUCCGAUCAGGCCUCGACCCACUCGCCCCGCGCGCACUCGGUCGGAAGCCGCGGCUACCGCGUGCCUUCCCCCCGUCUCACCCAAGCACUACUACCGCCGAACGGAUGACGUCACGACGAGAACGGAUGACGUCACGACACCAUCUGUUGGAGUCGAUCCGGGCAGGGGAGCAGAUGACGUCAUGCAGAAGUGGCCGGAUGACGUCACGCCUAACGGCGUUCAUAACUCAGCGGCGAAGGGGGCCCCCCUGGAUCGAGAUGGCGAUGCUACGGGAGCUGCGCAAGCAUCGGAGUCGAACCCAACAUCCCCCUCACCACAGCACCGCCACCAGCAGCAGCAGCAGUCCAAGUCACCCCAGCACUACCAACAGCAGCAGCAAACGUCGCCGCGUCCCCCCCAAGCACGCUCCCCUGAACCCACCAGAUGGCCACCCGAGCCCCCGUUAGAGUCACCCCAUGGAAAAGGCACCGCCAGAGGGGUAGCCCGAGAGGGGGGGAUAAGAGGAGACCCGGAGGGCCCUGGAGAGGUGGUCAGUCAGGCGAAGGGCGGUUCUUCUCGCGGGAAGGGCGCAGCUGUGGUGAAUGCAGGGGGGGGUUGGGCGGGGGAAGAGCGUAUGGAGGACACGGCUGCUGGGAACCCAGCAGACGCGUGGGUGAGCCGGCCGCCCGUGGACGAGGGCAAGCCGAUUCGGUGGCGCAAGGGCGAGCUGAUAGGAGCGGGCGCGUACGGGUGCGUGUACAUGGGGCUGAAUCUGGAGUCGGGCGAGCUGCUGGCCGUGAAGCAGGUGCUCAUCCCGUCCGCCUCCACCACCAAGGACAAGGCGCAGGUGAGGAAAGGGGGGAGGGGGGACGGUGGGGGGGGGAAGAGUGGGGGAAUUGGGGGGGGCGAGCUGAUAGGCGGGGGCGAGCUGAUAGGAGCGGGCGCGUACGGGUGCGUGUACAUGGGGCUGAACCUGGAGUCGGGCGAGCUGCUGGCCGUGAAGCAGGUGCUCAUCCCGUCCGCCUCCACCACCAAGGACAAGGCGCAGGGAAUGCUGGCCGUGAAGCAGGUGCUCAUCCUGUCCGCCUCCACCACCAAAGACAAGGCGCAGGUGAGAGGGGCAGGAGCUGGGGGUGUGGCUGAGUACAUCAAGGGACUGGAGGCGGAGGUGGCAGUACUGAGGAACCUCUCGCACCCAAACAUCGUGCGCUAUUUGGGCACGGCGAGGGAGGAGGAGGCGCUAAACAUCUUCCUGGAGUUCGUCCCUGGGGGGUCCAUCGCCUCGCUGCUCAACAAGUUUGGAUGCUUCACGGAAAAGGUCAUCCGGAUGUACACGCGGCAGCUGAUGACUGGCCUGAGCUACCUUCAUUAUAAUCACAUCAUGCACCGCGACAUCAAGGGCGCCAACAUUCUGGUGGACAACAGGGGUUGCAUCAAGCUGGCUGACUUUGGGGCGUCGAGGAAGCUGGCAGAUCUGGCGACGAUGAGUGGGCACAAGUCCAUGAAGGGCACUCCCUACUGGAUGGCGCCAGAGGUCAUCAAACAGACGGGCCACGGCAGGCCGGCGGACAUCUGGAGUGUGGCGUGCACAGUCAUCGAGAUGGCAACAGGCAAGCCACCUUGGAGCGAGUUCCUCUCCCAGGUGUCAGCGCUGUUCCACAUAGCACAGUCCAAGGGUCCUCCUCUUAUCCCCGACCACCUAUCUGCCGACGCAAAGGAUUUUCUGCUGCGCUGCUUUCACCGUGAUCCAAACAAGCGCCCAAGUGCAGCUGAACUUCUUAAGCACCCCUUUCUGUCAGACAUGCCUUCGACCAUGUCUGACACUCCGACUACCCCCGCUCGCUCCACUGCCACAACAGCAACAACAACAACAGCAGCAGCGGUUAAGGCAGCAGCAGUAGCUGGAGGAGGAACAGCAGAAGCAGCAGCAGAGGCACCUGUGAAGGCAGGCAUGCCCGCACCUGUAGCAGCAGGCACCGCUCUCUCUCCCACUGCUCGUGGGAGGUUGCAGGGGCCAGGUGCCACUGCUGCCGCUGCUGCAACAGCAGCCAAUGCUGCUGCUACAGCUGCUGAUUCCACCGUCAAUGGCUUAAGAGAGGCACCUCUCUCCCCCACCAGCCCUCCAGACUACUGGCAUGACACGCUCCCUGGGAGGCCGUCUCUUGCCUCCCCUCACCAUCACCAACACGCUCCCACAAGCCCCCGCCUGGCUGAUAAUACUGACACGCCUACUUCUCGCCUAACACACCACCUGACCACCCCCACCUCACGCCUAACACCCCAGAGCACGCAUAACUCUCGCCUAACAGAAACCACUCCCCAUGACACCUUACAGAAGCCUUUGGACAGUGACUCGCCGGACCCUGCUUCUUCUGCUUCCUUCUCCCAUAAUCUGACUGAUCUUACCCACUCAAGGGACGCUGGGGAACAAGGGCACAGACACGAUUGGCAGGGGCAGAGGCAGGGACAGGGGAAGGAGCAGAGGCAUGAGGAGCAGCAGGGGAGGGGAGAGGAGGGGAAGGAAGGCGAGGGGGUGCGCAUGUCACGGGCGAAUCUCAUGUCAGUGACCAGCACGGCAUGGCAGCCCGGAACCUUCUCGGAGCUUUCCGACCUCUCGUUUCGGAGCGAUUUCAACCCGAUGGAGGAGCCAUCGCACAACGACCCACUGGGGUCGUACGUGACGGCAGCACGUGGGCACGGGGGCGAGUCUUCUGCUUGCACUGAGGACGAGGUCACAGGCCCUCUGAGAGAACACGUGGGCGCGGAUAGUGCCUCCCGGGAGGAUUUGUGCAGUGAUUCAGUGGGUGGGACAAGCAGUAGAGCGGUGGGAGAGAGGGCAGAACGGGGAGAGGGGGAGGGAGAGGGAAGGGGGAAGGAGAGAGGGGACGAGGGGGAGAGUGGGGAGGUGGAGAAGGAGGAGGGAUGGGAGGGGGGAUGGGAGGGGGGAAGGGCUGGUGGAGGGAGGGAGGGGCAGGAGAGGGGAGGGGAGGACCGUGUAGCUGUGAUGGUCAGCCGUGGGAGUGCAGGCGGGCAGGAGUUGAAGCAAGGGCAGGAGAGGAAGCAAGGGAAAGAGAGGAAGGAAGGGAAAGAGAGGAAGGAAGGGCAGCAGAAGCUGCCAGUGGAAGGGCUGAGAGAAGCGGAGGAGUUGAGAGCAGCAGAGCAGGUUAGGGCAGCAGAGGGGCUGAGAGCAGCCGAGGAGCUGAGAGCAGCCGAGGAGCUGAGACAAUCUCUGCCCCAGCUAGACUUGUCUCUAGCCAUGUCACACGGGCACGGGGGGGUGGACGAGCCGGAUGGUGUGCUGGCAGUGCAGCAGCAAGCAGAACAGCAGGCGGAGCGGCAGGAAAUUCAGCAGGGAGUGCAGCAGGGAGAGCAGCAGGGAGCAGUGGGUGGUGAGAACAUCGGUAGGCCUUCCUCCCCUGCAAUGCUGAAGCAGGGUCACAACACGCCAGGGCAGGCCACCAUACCCAGUCGACCUGCUGGGCUCUCCCCCUCUCCCCGUCGCCAUCGCGAGUCCUCUCCUGCUCGCAAGAAGCGGAUUCUGAAAGAGAGCUUUGUGCUCCCACGGGAUCUCUUCGAAGGGCCACUCUCAGGGAAAGCAGGGGAAGGCCAUAGGGUUACCCGCACCCCCUCUCACGGGAGUGAACAGAGAGCAUCGGGAAGUGAGAGGAGUGAGAGUGAGAGCAGAGGGGAAGGUGGGUCGGGGAGGGUGCCGACUCUUUCCCCUCGGCCGCCCGGGAUUGUCAGCAGCAAGUCGGGCAGCUGGGUGAACGGUAGCGAGGGCGACUUUUCCGGGCGGCAGCACCCGGGCAGCUUUGAAGGUUUUGGGCAGGAGGGGAGGUUUGGGAGGCAGGGGAGUGGGGUGCUACACAGAGGGGGAAGAGGGAGUGUGAACAGCAGCAGGGCUUCGGUUGGAGGGGGAGGUAGUGGAGGAGGGAUUGGGGGGAUGGGAGGAGGGUUAGGAGGGGGGAGUGGAGGGUCAGCAGUGGGGUUAGGAGGAGUUGGGAGGGUUUUGAGUGGUGGAGGCGGGGUGUCGGUGGGGAGGAGUGGGUCGGGAGGGAGCCUGUUUGCGAGUGGAGGAGGAGGGGGGCUUUACCCUUCUGGAGGGAACGUCUUGGCGUUGCUACAUGACAGCACUGACAGCUUUGUUGGCCAAUCGGGGGACCUGAAGCGACAGCAGUGGGAGGCAGAGCUACAGCAGGAGCUGGCGCUGCAAAGAGAGGAGAAGCGCAAGCAGAUGUCUCGGUCGAGCAGCAACAGCAGCGCUGCAGGGGGGGUUGGAGCCAGCCACGCCAACAGCAUCAUCGGGAGUGCCAGCGGUGCCAGUGCUGUUGGCAGUGCAAGCACAAGCAUCAGUGCGAGUGCAAGUGGGUCUCGAGAGUUCUUUGGACCGCCAGGUUCCGUUUCCUCUCCGCGUCGAAACCCACCAGUCUAA